UUACAUCAAUCUUACCAUCUUUCGAGGCGGAACCGGAAGAAUGGCCGCAUCUCAGGACCUUGGCAUUAGCCGAUCCUGAUUUUCUCAUCCCGCGGCCAGUUAACAUCCUCAUCGGCGCAGACGUUUACGGGCAAAUCAUCAAGCCCAAUAUUAUUCGGCAUUCUCCACUCAUACCGAUAGCGCAACUCUCCAUUUUCGGAUGGCUCGUUCUUGGACCAGUCAAUAGGGAAGCAACACGCACGUCAACGCAGCAUGCUGCUACUCAAUUCAACGAGGAUGCUCUUAUUGAGUUAUUGACGAAAUUUUGGAAUCAAGAGGAGGUGCCUACUCACGAUGUCACUCAGCUCACUCCUGACGAGCAGAGGUGCGAGAAGCACUUCAACACUACAUACUCUCGUGAUUCUUCAGAGAGGUACAUCGACAGGAUUCUACUCAAUUCACCAGACGAGCUUUUGGGUGAUUCUUACAACGUCGCUCAUCAAUGUCUGAAGGGAUUACGCAGACGAUUCUCAAGGGAUGUGAAUUAUCAAUGUCUCUAUCAACAAUUCAUGAUUGAUUACGAGACACUCAACCACAUUACGAAGGCAUCAUUCAUCUCCAGUCAUCGCUCACAUUUUCACCUGACACAUCACGGUGUUCUCAAGCCGGCCAGUAUUACAACGAAACUGCGGGUGGUUUUCAAUGGCUCUAGCGCAUCCACAUCAGGCUACUCGGUCAACUACCUCAUGUACACUGGAGCAAAGCUACAUCUGAACAUCUCAGAUGUUCUACCUAGGAUACGUAGACAUCGUCACAUUUUCGCUACGGACAUCACCAAAAUGGACAGACCGAUUCAGAUUCACAAGGAUGACUGGGAGUUACAGCGGAUACUCUGGAUGGACAAUCAGCUCAAUGAGGUGCCAUGUCAUUCAACAACGGGCACUUACGGGACGAAGGUCGCACCAUUCUCAGCC